UUUUACCUUCUGUGGUGACUUUUACGAUCCAAUGAAGGCGUAAGAGCUGAGUCUUCAAAGCAGGAACUCCUCACUCACCUCGCAUCGUCAUGGAACUGUUUGACGAUUCGGACGAGGAUCGGGUCCGUGCGCCUCCCGAAGACGGUGACCCUGAUCGGCGGGAAAACUUUGGAGAUGAGGCGGAGCUUCAGAACCACUCUCAAGCCGAAGGCAAGCCAGUACCUGUUAAGAAAAUCGUGAAAAGGCCUCGGCUCAAACUAGAUGCCCAGCGACUGUCAUCAGAGAGGGGUCUCCCUGCUUUGAGAAAAACAUUUGAAAAUGUAAAGUUUAAAGGUAACGGGCAUGAGGUGGAAGACCUGAAAUUGAUCAUGAAAAACAUGGAGCACUGGGCUCAUCGCCUCUUCCCCAAGAUGCCGUUUGAUGACAUCAUCGACAAAAUUGAGGUCCUGGGGUCGAAACGAGAGGUGCAGAACUGCCUCAAGAAGAUCCGGCUAGAUAUUCCAGUGUUUGAUGAAGACUACAGGACAAUUGACCAUGAUAAUGACGACGCAGAACGGGAAAGGCUCAACAACAGCUUGGACGGCAGUGGGCAGCCAAUUUUCUCGGUUGGCACACCAAGAACUGCACCCAUGAGCAGCAACACUCCAGCGCCCAUGAGCAGCACUCCAGCGCCACAGCUAACCGAUGAACAGCGUGAAAGGAUCGAGCGGAACCGUCGCCUCGCCAUGGAGCGUCGCAUCGCCAAGCUGCAGAGUGCGGAUGUGCCGAUCACAUCCUCACAGUCGCAGGAAAAAGAAUCUCCGAGCUUGCAAGAUGAAAGGGAUCAAAGUGUAACGGAUGAAAAAGAAUGUGGCGAUGACAUCGUUUUAGGAGCCACUCAGGAUACGGACAUGGACUGGAUCGAUGCGGAUUUUGCUGUUCCACAAACGGCUGAAGCAGCACAAGGCCUCUGCACCGACGAACUUGUGACCCAAAACCUUGUAGCAGAAGGGGCACCUGCUGAUGGUACUGAACCCCAACCAAAGGAUCAACCUUAACAGCACCGAAGUUACAAAGAGUAGUCAGGCAGGAGUUAAGUGUAAUUUCUUUGGGAACAGCGUACUUGUUUUAUGUCGUGGCAUCAUGAACACUUCAUCAACUAAAUCAGUUGUAAUAUCAGCCCGUUCCAACUGUAAUGGCCACAGCACAAGCUGCUCACUCCAAAUAAAUGAGGCAUUUUAUGUCCAUUCUACGAUCUAUGUGGUAGGCAACUGAUAGGCAGCAUUUGGUUGGUGUGCAACAGUACAUUUCACAUUUGGAGGUUAAACCUGCCAAACACAACUUUCUUCUUGCAGGAGGCACAUUCUUGACUUUGUUAUUUGUAAUGGCAUAUAGUGCUUAUGACCGUCAAACAGGUCUGGCUGUAAUAUUGUAAUUAGGAUAACAAGGCUGUGCUGUGUUGAUGACCCCCAUCACAUACAAAACCAGUACAUCA